CACCCACAGCGCCCGCGCAAGCCGGGACAGCGGCCCCUCGGCGGCCCGGGGAAAGGCCCUUCUGCGCCCGCGCGGGGAGGGACUGGGCCCUCCCCCUCUCCCUGCCGGUGCGCCCGCGUGAGGCCAGAAGGGGCGGAGUCCCACCGAGGCCGGAGCGCGGAGCGCGCAUGCGCACGCCGAGCGGCUCUGCGGCGGCGCGGAGGGAGAGCCUUGGGCCCCUUCCCGCCAUCUCGGGAGGCGGGGCUUGUCGCGCGGCUUGAUGACGUCAGCGAAGGCGACCCGGGUUGCUUGGGAUGGUGGCUGUGACUGGCGGGGAAGCGGCGCCGGCAGCCGGGCCUGCAGCGCUUUCCUGAAAGGACUGAGAGUCUCCCCAAGAGGUUGUUAUGGCUCUUCCCCACGUGCAGCCGCCCAGCUUCCUACUGGCCAGCCUGAAGGCGGACUGUGUGAGCAAGCCCUUCGCCCAGCGGUGCCAUGACCUGGUGAAGGUGAUCGAGGACUUCCCGGCCAAGGAGCUGCACUACAUCUUCCCAUGGCUCGUGGAGAACAUCUUCGGCAGCUUGGACGGCGUCCUGGUCGGCUGGAACCUGCGGUGUCUGCAGGGGAGGGUGAACCCCAUCGAGUACAGCAUCGCCAUGGAGUUCCUGGACCCCAACGGGCCCAUGAUGAAGCUGGUGUACAAGCUCCAGGCCGAGGACUACAAGUACGACUUCCCGGUGUCCUACCUUCCGGAGCCCGUGCGGGCGUGCAUCCAGGAGCGCGUCCUCCCCGAGUGCCCGCUCUACCACAACAAGGUCCAGCUCCCCGCGGCGGGCGCCCAGGGCCUGCACUUGGCGCUCAGUCCGUUUGAAUACUACAUGUUCUUCUUCGCCCUGAGCCUCAUCACGCAGAGGAACUUUCCUCUGUCGGUUCACGUCCGAACCUCCGACUGUGCCUAUUUCCUCCUGGUGGACCGCUACCUGGCCUGGUUCUUACCCACGGAAGGAAACGUCGUCCCUCCGCCCUCGACCACCCUGGGAUGCACCAUCCCUUCCCCCACCCCCAGGACCCCCGCUGUGCCUUUCACUUCCUACGGCCUGCACCACACGAGCUUGCUGAAGCGGCACAUCUCCCAUCAGCCCUCGGUGAAUGCAGACCCGGCCUCACAGGAGAUCUGGAGAUCGGAGACCCUGCUCCAGGUCUUUGUGGAGAUGUGGCUUCACCAUUACUCUCUGGAGAUGUAUCAGAAAAUGCAGUCCCCUCACGCCAAGCUGGAGGUGCUCCACUACCGACUCAGUCUCUCCAGUAGCCUCCACAGUUCUCCUGCCCAAAGCAGCUACCAGGCCCUCCACGCGUACCAAGUACACCAUUUUUUGUUUGGCUUCUUUGUCUGCUCUUGCUGGCAAUCCGCAGAGAAUAGGGGGUGGGGGCGUCAGCAUGGACUGCGAGGCCCUGGAGCUGCAGGGAGGGCCUUUGGCCGAGUGGAGGGGCUCGCCGCCUCGCUGGUGUCCUGGGGCCCUCGGGCAGCCGGGGCAGCCUCUGGCCUCUUUCUCCGGGCGCUGGACACAGGCCAGUGCCAGGGCCCUUGGGUUGCUCCUGAAUCGGGGCAGGCCGGUGCUGGGCCCCUGGGUCGCAUCCGGAUCGGGGCAGGCUGGGCCGGGAACUCGGAGAUGUCAAUAGCAUGUAAGGUCAUGGACACGACACAUGACCGGAGGAGGCUUCUCCUUUCCUCGGCCCUGCCCUGGGGGCGAUCGGGAAGGCUCUUCAGCCCUCUUGGGCUGAGUGAUGAAGCACUCCAGGCCUUCCCAGGAGAAGGGGCCCAGCAAGAACAGAGUCCCGGCCACGAGAGCGACACCGUCCAGGGCGGAGGAGAGCCAGGGCUGCUCCUCUGGGGGCCAGGAAAUGGUAGACCGGGGCGGAUGUUAAACAUGGUCUUAGAUCCCAAAAAUCUGCUGCAUAAGAGGAAAGCUGGCGGGAGCUCUGUGUGCAGAGUGGAUGAAAAAGCCGGGGCUCAACUGGACCGAGCUCGGCGUCUCCUCUCGGGAGCCCGUGCUGGGCGGUCCUGUGCCAGUGUUUCAUGGCCAUUCCGAAGUUCUUCGGAGACCUUGAGAGAGUUUGUGUAUCAUUUUCCUGACCACCUUAGUAAAGUCCAGGCAGAGCUCAAGGAGCUGCAGGAUUCUUGGCUCAGAAAGGAGGCACAUGAAAUGCAGGUUUAUGGCGAUAGUAACCGCCCAAAGCCCUUUAAUGAUUCCCUGGAGGCUAUUUUCGGGAGUCUUGGUAGAGUCCUCAAUAGCCUGACCCUUCACCCGGAAAACGGCCGUCUGAGAGCCGACAUGGCUUCCGGAGGGGCCGAUGACUGCCCGCCUGGCGGCUGCCAGUGCAAAUGCCAGGAGCGGAACGGAGGCCUGCACGCGCCGGGCAUAUCUGCUGGAGCCUUUGGGAGGCAGAAGUCAUUCUCUCAAGGGACGGCCCCGGGUUCCCGCUUUCCGGCUCCCGGAACUUUCCCCAUCGGGCCCCUCUUUGCUGGCCAUUGGGGGAGACACGUCAACUCCCAGAAUUCACUGCUUCACACCCAGCGUGCACUGCUGCACGGGGGGCCCGCUACCUCUGCCGAUUCCGGAGCUCCUCCACGUGUUGUGGUUUCUCCCGCUUUCCCGAGCACCUGUGGUUUCCCCUCAGGAGUGUGCAGGCUCCUCAAGGGCGGCAACUCUGACCUUUGUCCUCGUGUCCUCAGAGCCAAGUGUGGCGCCGGGCUCAUGUGCAGAUCCUGGGCAAGGCUGGGGCUGCAGAGGAUGGUUAUUAAGCACCUACUGCGUGCAAACUCGUGUUUGGGAGAGACGAAGGUUCUGGAUGCUGCCCUCAUGGAGCUGAUUGUCUCAGGGGGUCACAACACGGAGAGAAGGCCCCGCGCCUGGGCCGGGGCCCUGGGGGCUUUGGGGCUGGCCUCCCGUGGGAAGGACGCCUCCAAGCGAAGAGGAAGCCUGACGGCCAUCCCAGGGGCCACAACCCUGGAGGAGCCGGGCGGGUCGCCAUCCCGCCGGUCCAGCAGAAGUUUCACCUUCCUUCAGCACUGCUUCGGCCACUGGCCCCUGGACGCUUCUUUCCGAGCAGUCCUGGAGAUGUGGCUGAGUUACUUACAGCCGUGGAGAUACGCCCCGGAGAAGCAGUGCCUGCCUGCUGACCCCCAGCCUCGAAGCAUCCCAGAAAAGUGGGCCCCCUUUGUGCAGGAAAACCUGCUGAUGUACACCAAGCUCUUCAUCGGCUUUCUCAACCGUGCCCUCCGGACGGACCUGGUGAGCCCCAAGAACGCGCUCAUGGUGUUCCGGGUCGCCAAGGUCUUCGCCCAGCCCAACCUGGCCGAGAUGAUUCAGAAGGGAGAGCAGCUGUUCCUGGAGCCGGAGCUGGUCAUCCCGCACCGGCAGCACCGGGUCUUCAUGACCCCCACCUUCCAGGGGAACCUCCUCUCCUCCUGGCCCCCCACCAUCACCGACGCCUCCUUCAAGGUGAAGAGCCACGUGUACAGCUUGGAGGGCCAGGACGGCCAGUACAAGCAGAUGUUCGGCCCCGAAGUGCGCACCUUGGUGCUCCGGUUGGCCCAGAUGAUCGCCCGGGCCAAGCAGACGGCAAACUCGCUCUCCGACACCUCGUGCGAGAACUUGGCCAACCGCUCCUUCCUGUCCUUGCUGGGUUUUGGGAACAUGGACACAAACGGCACCUACUGCACCAACGACCUCGACGAGCUGGGCCAGGACAGCAUCAAGAAGACGGACGAGUAUCUGGACAAGGCCCUGGAGUACUUGUGCCAGAUAUUCCGACUCAGUGAAGCCCAGCUGAACCAGCUGCUGAUGAAUGUGGGCGCGACACCCGACGAGAAUGGAAAGAAACAGCUUCCUGACUGUGUCAUGAGUGAUGAGGGGCUGGUUCUCACCCCCCUUGGCAGAUACCAGAUCAUCAACGGCCUGCGGAAGUUUGACAUCGAGUACCAAGGGGACCUGGAACUGCAGCCCAUCCGCAGCUACGAGAUGGCCCCUCUGGUGCGCCUGCUGUUCCGGCUCUCGUCCGCCAUUAACCGCCGAUUUGCAGGCCAGAUGCAAGCCCUGUGCUCACGGGAGGACUUCCUCGGGGCCUUGUGUCGCUUCCACCUCAUCGACUCGCUCCAGGCCGAGAGGAGCCGGCUGAGCCCCGUGGCACCGCACCGGGCCGGCCGCAGUUACGGCCCGCGGGUCAGCCUGCGCUUCCUGGCCAGCUACCGGACACUGGUGUCCCUGCUGAUGAUCUACUUCGUCGCCAACUCGUUCUGCAUCGGGCCGCUGACCUGCUUGCUGCUCAUCCUGGUCGCGUACCUCCUGUAUGCCUUCACGAUGACGGUGGUCACCCAGAGGCUGAAGCCCCACCAGCACUGACCGGCCCGGCGGCCGGCCCUGGGGCCCGUGGGCACACCUCUCGUAGUGUAUUUUUUUACUAAUACAGCCGUGCACACUCGUGAAGCCGCUUUGCGUGGGGCAGCUGGAAGGAGGGGUGUAGACACAUCAGCCUUGUGUGGAUGGGCAGAAGCCCCCGGGGACUGAGGCCAACCGCAGGGCCUGCCUCAUGGCGCUUCGGACGCUUCCUGCAGGGGCAUCCGGCUCGUGUUUCAGGAGCGUCCUUGUGCCGUGAUGGGCAGCGAGGGCCUCAGGGAGCUGGCGUGGCCGCGAGGGAGACGACUGGACCAAGCCGACCCACGUCUGUGAGGCGACAGCGGGCAGGGCCCGGCUGCUGCCCCUCCUGGACCUCCUCCCGUCCUGUUCUACUUCUCGGGAAGGCCACGUUCCUGAGCCCGAGGUUCUGGAUGUGCCACGAAUGACAGGGAUGGGGAUGGAGAUACGUCGGACCGUUUAUCGUCCUCAGAUUUUAUCCUGUCGGGUUCACACCCUCGUGACCCAGAAAACCACGGGGAUGGCCGUGUACAUCCUCCAGUCGUUUGGGACCUGGGGACAGAGGGCAGGGAGGAGGGCCGAAGAGUGAGGGUCAAAAUCCAUUCCUGGCAGGAAGCUGUCUGCGAGGGUCUCCCAGAGCUUUCCCUUGGUGGGCCAGACUUGGUCCCACCACAGUGGGCACCUGCCCACCUUGGCAUGGAUUUCCCCGGCCUGCCAAGAUGUGGGGAGGCCUUCUCCCCCUCCCCUCUCCUGCCUUUUCCUUCACCUGGGGGAGCAGUUUUGCUCAGAGGUCAUUGAUCUGUCAUUUUGUGGAUGCGAACCAACCUUUUUAGGGAAGGUGCACAAGCACUUCACCAGCCUGGUCACCCAGAAUGGUUUUUACUUCUUUGAAUGUGCUCCCUCGGGAGAGCCCGUGAGACGGCAGGAUCCGAGCCCACGGUCACCGGGGGCACAGUGUCUGGCCUUUCCAGCGCGUCUAUUUAGAAGCAAUUCUGGGCCCGGUUGGGAUUCUUGGCUGUCCCUCUGAGCCAGGGUUCUGGCACGCUUGUGGCGAGCUUUUUCUUGCGCGAGUCCCAUUUCCCCUCUGGGUUUCCAUUUUAAAACCAAAGACGUAUUCCACUGGAAGAGUUUCGCGCUCAGAGAAGAGAAAUCAAACCGCGGGUUGAAGCCUUAGAUGAUGCGUUUGUGGGGCUUGGGGGCGUUUAUGUCAGAGCGUGGUCCAAACCAUGCUGAGCCCAGGCUGCAUCAGGCUGUUCCUUUGAAGUUUCUUCCAGCCCCGAGCUUGUGUGAUGGGAUUCACGAUCUUACUUUUGAGCAGAGGGAGCGGAAGUUGCAGCGUUCUCGCUGCAAAUGCCCAAGCCGACUCUGCUCCUUGAAGGGCAUGUCCAACACAGAAGGUCCACUGUCCUCGUUCUCUCCAGGACUCCAAGGAUUCUGGCUCAGGGACAGUCAUUUUAAUCCAGAUCACAGUAGGAACAAAAACAGAAUUGUAGGGUUGAGUUCCAGGAGGGACUUUAAAGAUCCCUGUGUGUCCGUGCAUCCUCCCCAUUUUCCAGAUGAGGAAACAGGUCUAGAGAAGAGGGUUACUUGUCCAAGAUGGUAGCAGCAGAACCAGAAUCUAAAUCCAUUUCCCCAGGCCAGAGCUUCCUGGAAUCACGCUGCAUCUCGUAAUUCUCCAAAUCCCCUUCCCACAUUGAGCACUUCUUCAUCCUGUGCAGAAACCCUGUCUAGCAUCGGAGACGGUGUUCUGUCUUGGCAGUCCCCUGCCUCUCCUGCACAGACGAGUAAGAGCGUGGCCCGCUCUCUGGUCCCCACCGGGCACCUCCCUCCUGCUCCUUUCUCUGCGUCGGUGCCCGUUGGCCCCAUACCUGGCCUUUCUUGGGCCAUCUUUUUUUCGGUCAGUGAGCAGGCUCCUAGAACGGGAAACACAGCAUGCUCUAGCAGUCCUGUGCCGUAAGAAGCCGUGAACAUAGAUUCGGAGAAUUGUGGGGAGACGUGGGUGAGCCCAUGCAGAGGGGAGUGAGCGGGAGAGCAGUGUCAGCCAGGACCAGCUCAUCCCUGGAGAAGAGCUGGGGGACUCCCGGUGGUGAGCACAGCCUGCCUGGUCAGGCUCAGGAUAUAGAGUGUUUUGUUUCUUUUUAAAAACUCUGUUGUGAGGGAUGGCUGCCUGGGCAGUGGAGGGAGGUGUUGGAAAAUUGAGUGAAAACCAAAGGCUCUCGGUGAAGGGCCCCAGAGGGCUGCUGCUGGGUUUGGGCUGCUACCCGGGAUUGGGCCGCUGCCCGGGAUUGGGCCUUGGCUUCUGUCCCGGACUCCCCUGGAGUCCAUGUCCAGCGGUGAGAUUAUCCUGGGUCAGAGGAUGCCUUAGUCACUUUAACUAGAUAAUCCAAAACUGACAAAGGGUGCUCGGCAGAGGACACGGCUGUGCCGUUCUGACGCCGCCCCUCCCGCACUCGAUGUCCACCCUGCUUCAUCUAAUGACUCAUCAGGAGCAUCUGGUACCAUGGAGAGAGCCAGUCUUGAAGACUUGAGUCUUGUCCCUGACACGUCAUUGACCUUAUCAAGGGCCAGCCUAAUUUCUAGGCGUUUCCUUACCUGAGAGUUCCCUAUCACGGUGAGAUCAGAGGGGUAACUCCAAACUCUUCUUAAUGAGGGGCCAUUAAUAGUUUGUACAUUUUCUUCUGAAAAUUUCCAGUUCUUGGAAUAACCUAGAAAAUGAUUCUUAAGUGGAUCGAUCUCGUGUAUCUUGGGUAGCUAACUCAGCAAUGAUGUUAAAUGCAAGUCCUCUCCCCAUUCUGUGUCCAAUUCCCAUGUCAAGAUUGGUUUCAUACGUGUAGGUGCUUUUUAAAAAUUGCAUGUAGUCAGAAGGGUUGAUUUUUCUCCUCGUCUCACGCUACCCAGGGGUGUGAAAGUGAUGUCCAAUCCCAUUCCUUUCGAGAUUGUUUAGGAUGUGACGUGUGACUUUUUAUACUUUGGUUAUUACACCAAAUUUCAAAUUUACGACAGUAUUGCUCAAAAUUAAUUGAUAAAAAUAAAUCAGUGAAACAGACUAGACAUUCAGAAACGCAAAGUUUUUUGUUUUUAAACCCCUGUGUUUGAUGAACCCCCAAACACAAGUACUGAGCUAACGAUUUCCAUUUGGAGAACAGCUAAGAAAACACAAGAGGGGAGGUAGUUCAACUCUCAUUUUACCUCAGAGGGAACAGACCCACAGGAGAUGAUGGUUUUCCUGAUCUCCUGUUUGUGUUCUCCAGUACAUGCACCAAGUCAGGAGUCUUUUCUCAAUGAGGAAAUGAUUUUGUUACCCCCACCCCCACUCCCCAGUAUCAUGACUGAACGAGACAAAAUUCAGAUCAAUAAACUGAAAUUGACCUAUCUUUCAGAAA